UGUCGCUCGACAUGAGCAGGGCGCCCGCGACAUAGAGCACUCGCCCAACCUUCGACACUGACAGGAAACUCGCCUCCGAACUAGAUUCUCUCGGGCUGUGCCGGCAGCGUCGCUUCUUGCCUUGAGGCUCUACCACGGCUUGCUUCUGCCGUUCUGGAGUCUCCUCGAACGUACGAUCCUGCGCUCAUCGUCGACGCUCGCUAUUCUCCACCCACUGUCGACCUUGCAUAUCUUGGUGUACCCUGGUCUCACGCUCUCGCGAUGGAGGCGUCCUUCGACAACAAGACGAACCUAUUCAAUACGAACCUUCGUUCGAAGGUGGACGAUUCUAUCCUGUAUACUUUCACUACCAAGUCGGGCUACCGGGGGCGCAAGCACACCAUCGUCACCGAUGCGAACCCUGCGCCGGGCCACUCGGCGACUGCCGGUGUCAUUCAUUGGAAGGAGGAAGCCCUUGAGAUCGGCGGCCAGCGGAAGACGACGAAGGAGUUGAAAGAGACUGUUGGCUCCCUGUUCAAGAAGACUCGCUAUUGGCAGUGGGCUCCAGACAGGAAGAAGUAUGAGAUCCGGUAUGAAGACGAGACCUGGAAGGCAUUCCUUCUCAACGAGCUGGUUGCGACGUUCUAUAUACCGUCGCAUCCAAAGCUCUUUGGCAAGUUGAAGCCUUCGAUCCUGCAGAUGGAGCCGAAGGCCCUUCUUGAGGAUGAGGUCUUCCUACUCCUGGUCUUUGCGUAUCUGGAAGUAAGGCGUCAAGAGAAGACGAACAGCUCCCUGACAUAGUUGACCUGUACCAUACUAUACACAGACUUGGACUCUUACGAUGGACAUACCCUCGCAAUACCCACCUCUUGGACCUCUCCUAUUUAUUCUAUCGCAUUGUUUAGUUGUUGUCGCCCGGGCCAACCGGGACGCGCCCCA